AUGGCAACUGCCGGGGAGUAUGUCGUCAUUGUCAUCAACGGAAUCAGCAUCGUGGUGACUGUUGUCGGUGGCCUCCUCACCAUACUGGUCAUCUGGACACGUCCAGCCCUACGGAAACUGGUCAACGCGCCUCUGGCCAGUCUUAGCUGUGCAGAUAUCCUCUUCGCCACCUUGUAUUCCCCCUUUUGGAUCCAACAAAUCCAAAACCCCCAAUGGGAGCCCCCAUCAGCACUAUGCUGGUUUCUUGCUUUCGCCACUUCAGUGCUGUUUGGGGUAUCGUUAAGUCACAUGUUGUGUAUCGCUCUCCAGCGUUACUUAAAGAUCUGUACCAACAGUACAAGUCUGAAUUCCACACAUGCCCUCGUCAUCAUGCUCUUGCUCACAUGGUUGGUCCCCAUCGUUUCAUUCUUGCCUGUUCAUAUCGGUGAAGAAGUAAAGGUGGAGCCGAAAAUGAAGUUUUGUUCCAUGGGAAAUUCUGACAAACACUGGGAAAAAAUUCUCCCAGCCAUUGUCAACUUCAUCACAUAUAUUGCUACCCUGGCCUUAUACAUUCUCAUCCAGAACCAUGUGAGGAAGAGUAAGAAACGAGUCCAGGCUAACGCACAGGGCCCUUUGGCCCGUUUGACAGUGAAAUACACACGAGGGGAGGGGGGUGGUACUAGUGGUGCCGGCCCUUCCACCAAGACAGAAACCGGCAAGGUGGCAAAGCCUGUACGAAAUCUGGAGGGUGUGGUGUCGGUGGGGGAGGAAAUGUCCUCAUCAAGUGAUGACGGACAGAAAAGCAAUGACUGCACAGAGCCAGGGAAACCCAAAGUCACCAUGAUCCUUGUUGCUACAGCGCCAGGCAAAGGUAAAAACAAACAGGGCAAAAGAUCCGAAUCGAGUGAUCAGAUCCGCAAUAAGUCAGAUGAAGCCCAAAGCAUGACCCUAACUGUCCCCACACUGUCAGAUCAGACAGGCAAAACUGAACGACAGCAGCAUGCUGUCCCUUUCAGCAGCUCACAACAAGGUACCAGUGCUGCUGAAAGGCAGAUCACCAAAAUGAUGAUGAUACUGUUGGCUGUCUACACUCUAUGCUGUAUGCCCAUUAUCCUAAUGGUGAUUUUCUCGAGUAAAAUUCCAGCCGAAGCCUUCACUGUGGCUCAGCUGCUAGGAUUAUUGAAUGGUGCCCUGAACCCGAUCGUAUACGGCGUCAUGAACAAAAACAUUCGCCAGGGGUACAAGCAUAUCUGGGACAGGGUCCUCAACAUUAUAACGUGA